CUUCAUCUCUCUCUCUCUCUCUCUCUUCGAGUUUUUAAAAGCAGUUGGCCCUUGAAACUUGGAGAAUGGCUUCUGUGACUUACUCACCAAGAUACCCACUUUCUGGUUUCUCUUCUUCCUCUUUGUUUUUUUGACUUUUUUCAAACCCUAUUUUGAGCUUUUGGGGGUUUGGUAUAUCCCUCUGUUACCCAAAAAAUGAGUGUUUCAAGGUUUGUUAAGUGUGUCACUGUCGGAGAUGGAGCUGUUGGGAAGACUUGUAUGCUCAUCUGUUACACCAGUAACAAGUUUCCCACUGAUUAUAUUCCCACAGUUUUCGACAACUUCAGUGCUAAUGUGGCUGUGGAUGGGAAUAUUGUCAACUUGGGAUUAUGGGACACUGCUGGUCAAGAAGAUUACAGCAGACUUAGGCCACUGAGUUAUAGGGGCGCUGAUGUUUUUGUUCUGGCAUUCUCGUUAAUCAGUAAGGCGAGUUAUGAGAAUGUUCUUAAGAAGUGGAUGCCGGAACUUAGACGGUUUGCGCCUAGUGUCCCUAUUGUUCUUGUUGGAACAAAGUUGGAUCUUCGUGACAAUGGAGCUUAUUUUGCUGAUCAAAUGAGAUCAAACACAAUAACAUAUUCUCAGGGAGAAGAGCUUAGGAAACAAAUUGGUGCUGCUGCAUAUAUUGAAUGUAGCUCUAAGACUCAACAGAAUGUCAAAGCUGUUUUUGACACUGCAAUCAAGGUUGUUCUUCAACCUCCAAGGAGAAUUGAGACGACUAGGAAGAGAAGAAGCCGAAGGUCUGGUUGCUCAAUUGUAAGGUGCAUUGCGUGUGGUGGAUGUGCUGUUUAAACCAUGCUAGCUAUCAGGACUGAGUGCUGUAGAAUCUAUGUUUUGUGCCAAUCCUAUAGCUAGAUCUUAAGAUUACUGGUUUUACAUUAUUUUGUGCCGAGAAAUAGGCGUCUGCUCAAUGUGCAAGCUGACUGACCAAAGAAGUGAAGAUAGUUGUGUUCUUCUUUGUUGUGUUUACUGCAAAUGUUGUAUUUGAAAUGGUGUUUUGGUUGUUGCCAAUGGAAGCCGCAAACUCCUGCUGUUGUUUUAA